AUGCUGUGGCGACAAGGCCUGUCCAUGGAAGACUGCCAUCUGGUUCCGACGUCACUCACGCACAACCUACACCAAACUACACGAUACCAUUUUAUUAUCCCGCGUCCUGGCUGUCUACUAACAACAUGUCUAUUGGCAAGUCACUCCGGUCCUUACCUAGGUGAUACCAGACAGCCUAACAAAGCCCUAGGAGACCGACCAUCUGACCGUCGGCCACUCAUAAUAUGCGGACCCUCCGGAGUUGGCAAAGGAACGCUCUGCCUAAAAUUGGUCUCUUCUCUUCCAGAUGUCUUUGCCCCCAGCGUGUCCCACACAACUCGGAAACCACGAGCCAACGAAGUUGAAGGGAUAAACUACUUCUUCGUACAACCAGAGCAAUUCACGUCUCUCAUCUCACAAAACGGUUUUGUGGAACACACCACUUUCAACGGCCAGAGUUACGGAACUAGCAGACGGACUAUCUCGGAUCUAGCGGGCAAAGGAUACGUCGUUAUACUUGAGAUAGUUGUGAAGGGAGUCGAACAGGUAAAGGCUGACUCCGGUAUUGAUGCCCGGUAUGUGUUUAUCCGACCUCCCAGCCUUGAGGUGCUGGAGUGUCGGCUCAGGGAACGUGGGACAGAGGAUGAGGCAGAUGUUCAAAGGAGGUUGGCUCAGGCGACUGUCGAGCUUGGGUAUGUUGAUAUCCCGGGGUUUUUCGAUAAGGUAAUUGUCAAUGAUGAUUUGAAUAGGGCGUAUGAAGAAUUUGUCGGGUUUGCAUACUCGUAG